GCCGAGGGGAGGCCGCGCCGAGCGGGGCCGGGAGUGGAGCGGGACCGGGGCCGGGAGCGGGAGCGGAGCGGGGCCAUGAGCGACAUCCGGCACUCGCUGCUGCGGCGGGACGCGCUGAGCGCCGCCAAGGAGGUGCUCUACCACCUGGACAUCUACUUCAGCAGCCAGCUGCAGAACUCGCCGCUGCCGCUGGUGGACAAGGGCCCCACGGAUCUGCUCGAGGAGUUCCUCUUCCAGGUCCCCAAGGAGCGCGGAGCGCCGCCCAAGAGACUGACCCCACUUCAGGAACUCCAGCUCCUUGAGAUCAUGUGCAACUAUUUCCAAGAGCAGACCAAGGAUUCAGUCCGGCAGGUCAUCUUCUCAUCUCUCUUCAGCCCCCAGGGGAACAAAGCAGAUGACAGCAGGAUGGCCCUGCUGGGGAAGCUGGUCUCCAUGGCAGUGGCUGUCUGCAGGGUGCCUGUGCUGGAGUGUGCUGCCUUCUGGCUGCAGAGGACCCCAGCUGUGUUCUGUGUGAGGCUGGCCCGAGCCCUGGUGGAUGAUUACUGCAACCUGGUGCCAGGCUCCAUCCAGACCCUGAAGCAGAUCUUCACUGCCAGCCCUCGCUUCUGCUGCCAGUUCAUCACCUCAGUCACAGCUCUCUACGACCUCUCCUCAGAUGAGCUGAUCCCUCCCUCAGACCUGCUGGAGCUGAUUGUCUCCUGGAUCUUUGAGGACCCUCGUUUGAUCCUGAUCACCUUCCUGAACACUCCCAUCGCAGCCAACCUGCCCAUGGGCUUCCUGGAGCUCACCCCGCUCACCGGCCUCAUCCGCUGGUGCGUCAAGGCCCCCCUGGCCUACACCAGGAAGAAAAAAGCCUCUCUCUCCAAUGGACACCCUCCCAGCAAAAUUGCCAAGGACUCAGCUUCAGGAGAAGACAGGGAUUGCCACCAGCUCUAUUCCAAGCUGCAUCUGAGUGUCCUGCAGGUGCUUAUGAUGCUCCAGGGGCAUUUAACGGAGAAAAACCUUUAUGGGCGCCUGGGGCUGGUGCCCUUUGACCACGUGGUUCCUCUGGUGGAGGACAUUAACAGACUGUCUGAUGAACUCAAUCCUCUCAAUGCAUCCAAAGAGAUUGAACUUGCUCUGGACAGGCUGGCUCAGGCUUUGCAAGUGGCCAUGGCAUCAGGAGCUCUCCUGUGCACCAGAGAUGACUUGAGGACUGUGUGCUCCAGGCUACCACAUAACAACCUCCUCCAGCUGGUGAUUUCGGGCCCGGUGCAGCAGCCGACACACGGGGCUCUGCCUCCCGGCUUCUACCCGCACAUCCACACCCCUCCCCUGGGCUACCCCGCGCUGCCCGCGCACCCCGUGCAGACCUUCAUCCCGGGCGUCGCCUUCCCCUACCGGCCCAUCCGCUAGCCCUGAGUGCCAGGAAGCCCCGGAGACAAAACCCAAAUGCCUGGGAAGCGCCUUUUGCUCUGGGGAGCAGCAGAGCCGAGCUCCGCCCGCGGCCCCGGGCAGCGCUGGGCCGGGUGCGCAUCCCG